AUGUCGUAUUUGUCUAAGGAAUAUGGUACUGUUUACUUGUCUGAAGAUUUAGAAAUUUCAAAGUUAAAUUACUAUAACACUUCAAUGAGAGAAUCAAAUCGCUUAACAUCACCUCGUUUACCAUCAGCUUCGAUUGAUGGUUUCUAUUCACAGAAACAAGUAAAAUAUGUGAUUGUCACUGGAGGGACUUUGAGUGGUUUGGGUAAAGGAAUAACUAUAAGUUCUCUUGGGUUAUGUUUGAAGAGUAGAGGUUAUAAUGUAACAGCAAUUAAAAUAGAUCCCUAUCUGAAUAUUGAUGCAGGGACUAUGUCUCCUUUAGAACAUGGUGAAGUGUUUGUAUUAGAUGAUGGUGAAGAAGUUGAUCUAGACUUAGGGAACUAUGAAAGAUUUCUAGACAUUAACUUGAAUAAUUCUAAUUCUAUUACAACAGGCAAGAUAUAUUCUGAAGUAAUUAAUCGAGAAAGACGAGGUGAAUAUUUGGGUAAAACAGUACAAGUUAUUCCUCAUGUUACAGAUUAUAUACAAGAAAGAUUAAAAGUGGUUGGGAUGACUGGAUAUUAUGACAGUUCAGAUAAAUAUUGUGUUCCAGAUAUAUGCUUAGUAGAAGUUGGUGGUACAGUUGGAGAUAUUGAGAGUUCAGUUUACUUGGAAGCAUUACAACAAUUUUUAUUUAAUGUGGGGCCAGAAAACUUAAUAUUUUGUCAUGUCUGUUAUUUACCUUAUGUUGGAGGUGAACUUAAGACAAAGCCUACUCAACAUGGUGUUGCAAGAUUGCGUGAAGUUGGUCUUAAACCUGACUUCUUGUUUGGUCGUUGUGAAUUACCUUUGGAUGAUUCUUGUAAAAAUAAACUAACAGUAUUUACUCAAGUUCCAAAGAAAAAUAUAAUAUCUGUACAUUCUGUUGAACAUGCUUGUUGUGUUGUAGAACUUUUGGAGAGUCAGAAAGUAGCAGAUAAAAUAUGCGGACAACUUGGUCUACCAAUUGUAGAACCUAGAGAAUUAAUGGAUAAAUGGAGUAGUUACAUUGAAAUGAUUAAAUUAAAUGAUUGUGCAAAUAAAGAUACUGAUAAAUUAACUGACAAUUAUAUUAAUCAAAUUCCUAAAACCGACGAUCCAUUUGUAAAUGGUAGUGUUAAGAUAGGUAUUGUUGGCAAAUAUAUUGCUUCUGCAGAUACUUACUUAAGUGUAUUUGAGGCUUUAAAACAUGCUUCUUUAUAUUUAAAAGUAAGAUUGAAGAUAUUAUGGAUUGAAUCAAAUCAAUUAGAAGAUGAUGGUGAUGAUGAUGAUUACGAUAUUGACAAUAGUGAAUGUGGCACUUCAAGUAAGAGCGAAAGUACUUGGAAGAUGUUAAGAUCAGUAGAUGGUGUCUUAGUUCCUGGUGGAUUUGGACAGAGAGGUAUUAAUGGGAAAAUGGCAGCAAUAAAUUAUUGCCGCACCAAUAAUAUUCCGUUUUUAGGAAUAUGUUUAGGGAUGCAAUUAGCUGCUAUUGAAUUUGCAAAAAAUGUAAUGAAUCUUCCUUUGGCUAUUUCUCAGGAAUUUGAGAAUGAAUUUUCAAGCAUUUGUAAUCCUCCAAUUACUAGUAUAGAAGAUUUGACACUUUUUCAUCAAAAAAGUAGAUCUUACAAAGAAGAAGAAAUAUUGAGUCAAGGAACUGUUUCUAAUUUAUCAUCAAGAUCUAUUCACAUAGUUAUAUCUAUGGCUGAAUUUUGUAGUUCGGUAAAAGGUGGUACAAUGAGACUUGGUGGAUGGAAUACUGUUAUUCGUGACAAGAAUUCUCUUGCAUACAAACUUUACUAUAAAUGCAAUUUCCCUUCUUCUACUACAAUAUGUCAUGAUACAGGUGGAGAAUUAUAUACUAUUAGAGAAAGACAUCGUCAUAGAUAUGAAAUCAAUCCAGAAUUUGUACCCUUAAUGGAAAAACAUGGUUUAAGAUUUGUUGGUAAAGAUACUGAUGGUGAGAAAAAUGAGAUUCUUGAAUUGCCCUCUCAUCCCUUUUUCAUAGCUUGUCAAUACCAUCCAGAAUUUACUUCAAGACCAAUGAAACCAAAUCCCUUAUUUUAUGGUUUCAUAUUAGCUUCUCUAAAGAAGAUACAGCAUAAUUGUGGUAUUUAUGACUUUAUUUAG